GUCUAAAUUCUAUAACUAUAACUUUUUUUUUUUAGGAACAAAUAGAAUUAUUGUUGCGAAAGUGCAGUUUGAUGAAUUUGAGAUAGAUCUAGAUUUAUCUGGUUUAAAAAAAAAAUGAGAUACGGAGUGUAGAUCCAGAUCUCAAUUUUAGAUUUCUCUCCCUUACAAUAUUCUGCAAAAUAAGAAAAUGUCAAUGCCAAUGGUAACUGUAUUGCGAUACCAAUGCCGCCAAUGGCAUAAACUCUGCAUUUUAUGUAGACAAUUGCAGAAUUACGAAAAUGUUACAAACAAACGUGCUCAGAUAAUAAGAAGCUUUUCAAAUCUAGAUCUAAAUAGUCGACGUGAUCAAUUACCUGAGUGGCAGGGUGUGAUUGGCUUGGAGAUACAUGCUCAAAUACAAUCUGUGUCUAAACUUUUCUCUGGAGCAGCAACAAAUUACAAUGCUAGCACCAAUACACAAGUGGCUUAUUUUGAUGCAGCGCUGCCUGGAACUUUGCCAGUACUCAACAAGAAGUGUGUUGAAGCUGGUAUUAAGACAGCUCUAGCAUUAAACUGUGACAUAAAUAUGAUGUCCUUAUUUGACAGAAAGCAUUAUUUUUAUGCUGAUAUGCCUGCUGGCUAUCAGAUUACUCAAUACAGAAAGCCAUUGGCUAUUAAUGGUCAAAUGCCCUACGUCUUUUUAUGUACAAAAACAGACUAUAUGGAGAGGAGGUCUGCCAAAAUUUUUCAGAUACAGUUGGAACAAGACAGUGGUAAAAGCUUGCAUGAUGCUAAAGCUGGUCUCAGUUUGAUAGACUUGAAUAGAGCAGGCAUUGGCUUAAUGGAAAUAGUAACAGCUCCAAACUUUACCUGUGGUGAUGAUGCAGCAAGUUUUGUUAGAGAUUUGCGAGACAUUCUUGUGACAAUUGGGGCCUGCGAUGGUAGAAUGGCAGAGGGAUCUCUUCGAGUUGAUGCUAAUAUAUCUGUCAACAGAUUAGGGGAACCAAUGGGUACAAGGACCGAAGUAAAAAAUCUGAACUCCCUUAGGAAUAUUCGUUUAGCUGUAGACUAUGAAAUCAAUCGUCAAAUACAGUUGUUAGAGUCUGGUGGUGUGGUAGAAAAUGAGACAAGAUCUUUUGAUGUUGAAGAUGGAGAAACACUACUAAUGAGAGAAAAAGAAAAAGUUCUAGACUAUCGCUUUAUGCCUGAGCCCAACCUGCCACCGUUAAUUAUUCACAAGGAUUUGUCAACAUCUACCUCUGAUAGCAACGUUGUUGUUAUAGAGCUUGUGAAAUCCCAAAUGAAAGAGCUUCCUGAGGAAAAGAGAAAGAGACUAGAAGAGAAAUACAAAAUGGAAUUAAAGAACGCUGUCAUUUUAGUGAGAGCCAAUUUAUCUGAGUUGUUUGAAAAAUUGGUUGAUGUCCAUGGAUGUAAUCCUGUGACAACCUCAGCUUUACUCAGGUACUGCUAUGUGACAUUGUUGGACAAUUUAAAGUUAGGGGACACUGCUCAUAUGGCCAGCCCAUUACGUGAAGCUGCAUUAUUGGAAAUAGCUCACAUUUUUGGUAGAGGGGAAAUCAGUUUACAUUCUGCUUUUGUACUGAUGGAAACCCUUGUUGCUCAACCUGAUCAAUCAUGUAUUGACAUAAUUGAAGAGAAAGGACUUUGGAUAGUUACUGAUGAAUCUGUUAUCAUGUCUAUCAUUGAGGAAGUCUGUACCAGAAAUAGACAUGCUGUGAAAGCUUUUAAAAAAGGCAAGAAAAACCAGUUUGAAAUAUUGAGAAACAAAGUUGUAAAGAAAUUGGAAGGCAAGUCUUCAAUUGAGUUAGUUAAUCAGUUGUUAAAUGCCAAGUUAAAAGAGUAGGUCAGUUAGACAACUUUAAGUCUUAGAAGAGAUCAAGUUUGCUCUAAUCACCUGUGAUGCGCCUGAUGUUUUUGCCACCAAAAAGUGUUUUAAGAACAAUUUAGUCUGUGAUCAUGUUUACUAUUAAUGUAAAAUGUAAUAAGCACAUUUGUUAAUUAAAUAUGUAAAUGUUUCAUGAAAUGAUUAAAAUUAUAUUUUAUUGGUCAUAGUGAAUGUGCACAUAUUUAUUUAUUGCAUUGUCAUCCCUUUACAUUAAAAAAAAAAAUGCUAUGCCCAGAUGCAUAGUGGUACGAGCACAUUAAAAAAGUAUUCUAUCACUGUUGUAAAAUACUUAUUUGACUUUCAGUUAUUUAAAAAACUAAAACAAAAAAAGAAAAGAAAUAUUUUAGUCAAAAAAUGUUUAGCACUUACCCUUCAUUUUUUACUGAAUUAAAAUGUGGCUGUAGAUGAGUUUUUGUUUCAUUUGGAUCUAUUUGAACUUCACCUACCCCACAUUAUGUUGGGGCUCCACUCAUGAUUUGUCUAUCAUCUUUCUCCAUUACUUUUUACCUUCACUAGAAUCUCUUUCAAUGACAUGUCUAUCUAUCUUUCUCCAUUACUUUUUACCUUCACUAGAAUCUCUUUCAAUGACAUGUCUAUCUAUCUUUCUCCAUUACUUUUUACCUUCACUAGAAUCUCUUUCAAUGACAUGUCUAUCUAUCUUUCUCCAUUACUUUUUACCUUCACUAGAAUCUCUUUCAAUGACAUGUCUAUCUAUCUUUCUCCAUUACUUUUUACCUUCACUAGAAUCUCUUUCAAUGACAUGUCUAUCUAUCUUUCUCCAUUACUUUUUACCUUCACUAGAAUCUCUUUCAAUGACAUGUCUAUCUAUCUUUCUCCAUUACUUUUUACCUUCACUAGAAUCUCUUUCAAUGACAUGUCUAUCUAUCUUUGAUGCUGUCUGCCCAUUGCUUUCUCUGUCUGCCUCUACUGGAUCGGUGUAAAUAAUAUAAUGAUCCAGUUUUGGGCAGGAAGGGCUUGUUAUCCAGGUCUGGCUACCUACCUGGAAGAAGGAAAACUGAAUCCAAAACUCUGCUCCUGUGGCCUUGAAGAGCAAGUGACCCUUAUUACCAAAAAAACAACUAUAAUAUGUAAUUUAAAAAAAAUAUGUAUUUAUAUAUAUAUAUAUUUUAUAAUGUAAUUUUUUAAAUGUCAGAAAAGUUAAUUUCUUUGUAUCAUUAUCCUUUAUCAUCCUGUUUUCUGUCCAUUGUAGAGUUUCUACAAAAAAAACUUACUAAGUAAAGUUUAAGAGGUUGAAUAAAAGUUUUCUGAGGAUUCUUCCUCAUCAAAAA